AUGUUUCCUCUCCUUGGCUUCUUCUUCUUCGCUCUGGAUACUACUGCCAGUACUCAGAUCUUCUCUGAGAAUGUUGGCAAGGUAGUCGUCACUCAGAAUACUUGUUCCGUCGUCCCACAUCGUGUCUGGAAGAGAUUCACCGAGGAUCAGCCAACACCAAAACCUCUCAAUGAGUACUCGCCGGAAACAAUCAAAUUCCUUCAAACCUGGGUACAUACCGCUCAUGGUGUCGAGAGUCGUCUCGAAAACAUGCUUCUCAAGUGGGAUGACCAAUCGAUUUGUUUCGACCGCCCGUCUACCAUCACUCUCAAGAAGAUCGCUCACGGGGGAGAGUUCUCAAGUAACAUGCAGAAGUUCUCGUAUCUCGAGGUUCCGGAGCAUUGGGCUGCACCAAAUGAAGAUGAUCUUGGAACAUGGAAAAACAUUAAACUCGAGGAGUGUUCAACCACCGACGGCAUGACAUACCGUUGCCCAGAGUCCGCCUUCAAAGAUUCUUGCUCGCAGAAAGAUUUGGAGAAAUGCUCGGAGAGAAUCGAGAUGGACUCAUCCGAUCAGUUUUUCACAAUGGUACGCCGAUUGGGACACAGUCAUGUCGUUGCAACACGCGCUCGCCGUGGUACAAUCAUCAGGAGUGGAAACGUCUUCGACAUGAAACCAGUGGAUCUUCCUGAACGGAUCUUCAAGCUGACCCUCGCCCCAACGGAUAUCAUGUCAAUCGGAGAACAAAUCUUGAAGAAUUGA